AUGUUUGUCAACUUCUUUCUUCUUCCCCUGUUUUUCUUCUUCACUUCUACGUUAGUUGCAGCAGUUUCAGCCACCAGCAUCAUCUCUCCAUCAUGUCCAGUGAACUUCACGUACAUGGAUACCUUCCCAUGGCAGAAAUCCUACUGCAUCCACGACCCGUACUCUCUCGACUGCUGCCUUCGAAUCCACGCUCUCAUCCAUGUCGGAUUCGCUCUAUACCUCAAACAAACCUUCAACUUCUUCCUUCCCAAUUCCUCCUCCCUUCCCCACUGUCUCUCAACUGUCCAACAAAAGCUCACCGAUGCAGGGCUCGAUCCAGCAGCCCACAUAUGCUUUAGAAACCCAUCUCUCAUCUUCCUCGCAAGCCCUACAACCUGCCCUGGAAUCUUCACUUUGAAAGACUGGAACAAAACGGUCGGUACAACUCCUUCAUUGACCACUUCUUGUGAAGCAGAUCUAACGAGCUCCACCAGCUGCAAUACAUGCUUCGAGGAAGUUGAUAGCGUGAGUACUCGAAUGUCAGCACAUUCGAGUUCUAAUCGCACCGACUGUUUCGUCUUCUCUUUGUUGUAUGCUGUUGGGAUUGUUAAUCAGUAUGGCCCUUUGGAUGACAGAACGUCAAAUUGCAUUUACUCCCGGCUUACAGCUGAACUAGAGCCUCACACAGGCAGCCAAGAAAAGGGUCGGAGCAGCAGAGGAAGGGUGUUUCAAAUGGCUUUUGGUGUAAUUGGAGGUUUGGUUCUAGCAAUUGGAUUGGCAAUGGCAUUGGUUUGUAAGACUAGGUUGCGUAAUUGGAGAAGGCUCAAUGCUCCGGAUUUGGAUAUUUCCAACGAAAGUGAUAAUCUUUUGCUGGCUCAAAUUGGUAUCAGACUGUUCAGUCUGAAAGAGUUGGAGCAGGCGACAAAUGGGUUUUCGAAGUUGCUGGGGAAGGGGACUUUUGGGGUUGUGUACAAAGGAACACUAGAUGAUGGCAGUGAAAUUGCUGUCAAAGAGCUUCUAAAGCAGAUCGAGUCCUACGAGGAUGAGGAGGACGACCGAGGAUUCGCCAACGAGGUUAGGGUCAUAAGCAAGAUCAAACACAGGAAUCUGCUCCCCCUACAAGGCUACUGCGAUGACACGAAAGAGCGGAGGAGGUUUCUUGUGUACGAAUUCAUGGCGAAUGGCAGUGUUGCAGAUCAUUUAUCCAAUGUGACAGCCAGAAUGCAGUUUUGCUGGGAGCAGAGGAAGAACGUGAUUCUUGAUGUGGCUAAAGCGAUUUGCUACUUGCACUGUGGGGUGAAGCCUGCGAUCUAUCAUAGAGACAUCAAAUCGAGCAAUGUACUUUUGGAUUCAGAUCUAAGAGCUAAAGUCGGUGAUUUCGGUCUGGCCAGGCAAGUUACAGAUGAUGGAAGCUCCCAUGUCACUACAAGGCUGGCUGGCACACAUGGGUAUUUAGCACCCGAGUAUGCAAUGUAUGGACGCUUGACCGAAAAGAACGAUGUUUACAGCUUCGGUAUUCUAAUACUCGAGAUCGCGUCAGCACGAAAGGUGAUUGACAACUCGAACUUUAGUAGCUCAUCGUCAUCGGCAGUAGUGUUGAUCAGGGAUUGGGCGUGGAAUCUAGUGAAAUCGGGCAACGUGGACCAAGUUUUCGACGAGACACUGAUGUCGAAAGAUGAGGAGUACUACUGUAGAGGAGAGAUGAGGAGGUUCGUACUAGCGGGGAUUCUUUGUGCACAUGUCGUUGCUGAUCACAGGCCUACAAUGGCCGAGGCUUUGAGGAUGUUGGAGGGUGACAGUUGA